CUCGUGACCACCAUGUCCUCUAAUUCAACAUCAACUGUACCGGCUAGUGAUACUGACCCUGCACCCCCCGCUAGUACUGCAGAUAUGAUUGCAACAAAAUGGGCUCUCAUCAAGCAGGAAGUGGACUACAUCAUGACAAAGCCUGGCAAGGACGUCUCCUCCGUGAAUUGGAUGAACCUGCACACAUCGAUAUACCAAUACUACUCAGCCAUACCACAACGUGACAUCAGUCCGAGGCGUAAUGAGAUCAUAAUGGGCUGCCCAAAUUUACAUGAAUACCUCACUCAAUAUUUCAUUACCGACGUCGAGUCCCUCAGGAGUCAAUUUGAUAACCUCCAACUUGAAGAUGAAUUCCUUUUACGAUACUACGCCGGCGCAUGGGAAAGAUACUCAUCAGGUGCUAAAAUGAUCAGUCGCAUUGUUUCGUCUAUCAGAAUCAAUCGCGCGCACUAUGAGAUCGGAGAGGAAAGAUAUAAUCAAGAAGUACUUGAGGUACACACUCUCGCGUUCGUGCAUUGGAAAGAAAUUAUUUUUUUCCACCUGCAUAUAACACUUACCAGUGUUAUCCUCCGAUGGAUCGAGCGCCAACGGGACGGCGAGAUGAUCAAUCAGGGACUUGUCAAAAACGUGGUUGAUUCAGUCGUUUCUCUUGGUCUUGAUGUCUAUGAGGAGCAUCUCGAGAUACUGUUCUUGGACGCAGCAGAAAAGUAUUACAAGCCGGAGUCCCAGCUAUCCCUUGCAGAGGGCAAUUUGCUCCACUAUCUAACAAAGGCAGGGCAAUGCCUGAAGGAGGAACAGGACCGUGCCGACCAAUACCUGCCCCUUGGCACUCGGAAGAAACUUCUCAGCAAAUGCGAGUAUAUGCUGAUCCGACCGUACUCUGACCUCAUCUGGGAGACCUUCCAAAGGUCACUAGAUUUUCACAAAGAAGAAGUCCUGCGGUCAAUAGAACGGUUUGGGGAACAUGUGAAGAUGGCGGGUCUAGCUGCUGUUGAGAUACUCCUGGGUGAAAAAUCAGAGGAAGAUGAUUCAUUGGAUCCCACAGCAUACGUCGACACGUUACUUGAGGUAUCCCCCUAA